AUGUUCUUCCAGGACAACCUUGUACGUGGCUUCCUCGGUCUUCCACUGAUCCUCCACCAAAUGUCACAGUGGGUGCAAGACCUGGAGAGGCCUACAAGCCAGUGUCUUGCACCCACUGUGAAAUUUGGUGGAGGAUCGGUGAUGAUCUGGGGGUGCUUCAACAAGGCUGGAAUCGGGAAGAUGUGUCUUUGUGAAGGACGCAUGAACCAAGCCACCCACAAGGGUGUCCUGGAAGAAAACUUGUUUCCUUCUGCUCUGACAAUGUUCCCCAACUCUGAGGAUUGGUUUUUCCAGCAGGACAAUGCUCCAUGCCACACAGCCAGGUCAAUCAAGGUGUGGAUGGAGGACCACCAGAUCAAGAUCCUGUCAUGGCCAGCCGAAUCUCCAGACCUGAACCCCAUUGAAAACCUCUGGAAUGUGAUCAAGAGGAAGAUGGAUGUUGCAGAGGGCAGGGAAACGCCGGUCGCCAUAGUGGUUGAUAGAAACAGUGGACAUGGAGAUGAGCCAUGCCCGCGCAGCUCAGUCAAUUUGAUUGACCACAGUCGGCGACACCGAACUGCCUUUACCCGGGAACAACUGUCCCGCCUGGAGCAAGAAUACCUCAAGGAGAGCUAUGUUUCUCGACCGAGGAGAUGCGAACUGGCGACAGCACUGAACCUCCCCGAAACCACAAUCAAGGUAUGGUUCCAAAACAGGCGAAUGAAGGACAAGAGGCAGCGGCACUCUCUCAGCUGGCCACACCCCCUGGACCCCAACCUGUGUGCCCUUAUGGUGAGCCAGGCUGCAGCAAGCCUACCUUACCCCUUUCUCCCCCACCUCCCCCUGCACCUUUACUCUCACCUCGGGGUGGGGGCAGGUGCCCCCUCCAUUCCCAGCCCCUUCGCUGCACCCCUCAGGCCACUGGAUCCCCUGCGCCUCUCUCACUCCCCCUACCCCAGGCCGGGUGGUCUACCCCCAACAGCUCUCUACCCCCAUUCCAAUGUGAUGCACAAUCCUGCCACUUGCCCCUGCCCCCUCUGCCUCCACUGGGGAUCAGACCAACUGUUCAAAGCCAGAGGUCUGACCGCGAUUGGCCUGAAUCGACCACGCAGUCCCAAAACGAUGGCUACCAGUCUGGACAGCAGGGAAGAGGUGUCUUUGCCCAGAUGAAG